AUGCCCGCCAGCGACGGUCUCCAGCCGCCCACAUACAACGAUGCCGAGCGCGACGUGAUCAAGAGCUAUGGCGGUUGGACGGCGUUCUGCAACGCGCACGGGUACCGCCCGUGGGACGACGAGGAUGCCGAGGACGCCGACCACGACGACGAGUAUCAUGUGCCGGAACCCGAGGAGGAGGCCCUCCACGACGAUGGCCAGGAUGAUGAUGGCGACUUCCACUACGACAACAUCGACGGCAAGGGCGACGGCCUCGAUUUCGAUGACUAUAGAGAGGACGAGUACGAGAUCGAUGACUACGACCACGCCGCCGACUAUGGCGAGGACGAGUAUGACGACUACCCCGACUACGACGGUGGCGGUGACUACGGAGAGGACGAAUAUGACGACGAGUGCUGCGAGUACUAG